CCCUGACAUGUUAGAGGAGAGCCAGGAUGGUAUGGACAAUGGUGCCCUAAGUCCUCCCUCAGCUCGACAGGUCACCAUCAAGCGCCACCCUCUUCAAGGCUUUGGCUUCAUAGCAGGCAGCCAGAGGCCUGUCAUUGUACGCUCCGUCUCUGCUGACGGCCCCUCCUUUGGAAAUCUGCUCCCUGGAGACCAGAUCUUGGCCAUUAACGAAGAGACGACGCUGUAAAGACACUAUAGUUCUCACUGUGCUGCAGCCCCAUCAGGUAGUGGGGCGCUCGUCCUCUUUCAUCCUCUUCUCCCUCAAGACAUCUCUCAGUCGCCAUCACUUAUGACUCUUUCUUUCCGGUUUGAAUCAUACUGUAAAAAAUAUUGUGCAGUUUUCGGUUCCACACUAACAGACUGAAGGGAUGCAUUAAUAUUCAUGACCUUGCUGCACACAACGGGUUUAUUUCUUUUCUGGUAGCCCCUCAGAACAACUCCAAGUGGGCACAUAAACACCCACGUGAGACUUCAUUAGACAAAGGUUGAAUGUGGAUGGAUUUGUCCUUACGGAGACGAUAAAAAUGGACCAUUUAUCUAGAUGGAUAACAAGAUAUUAGUUUGUUUGUUGCAUGAAAAAGAACUAUGAAUAUAAGAAAUGUGUAUUUAAGAAGCUCAGAUGAACUUGAGCAUACAUCUAAACUAUUCUCAAACAGUUCUGCAUAUUUGAAAUGUUUGCUAAUGAUAAGCAUAAAAAAACCUUCUUGCAUUUGUCAUCUGGCAGCUUUCUAACCAAACGCACAAGAAAGGUCACUGCUAUUCUGGCAUUUAGUGCACACAUGGGCAAGGAAAGGCCUCGGGGCCAGAAAAGGCCCUUGGGCCAUGUCAACGUGUCCCUCAAUGUGUUUAUACAAAAAUAGACCUAGGGCGAAAAACAAAGAUGGAUUAAAAUGAUAAAGAAUGACAUGGAAACGUUGAAAAUAAAUGAUCAGACAGUCCCUGUGUCUUGCUUUUGAAGGAAUUGUUCAUGUAAAUUUUAAACUGUUAUUUUUCUAACUUCCUGUAUCAGCUAGCUGUGAUUAAUGCAAAUGCUACCUCACAUUCAAACAGGAGAAACAUCUUAAUUCUGAUAUGUUUAUUUUGUCUUCUGUAACAAGAAUGCAGCUGACAAUGCUGGUGUUAGCAUCUUACUUAUGAAACAAUGUGCUCUUUGCUGUGCUUGAAACAAGUUACUCUUGAGUUAAGUUACUACACCCUUCAUCCACGUCAAGGUUUCAGUCCACUGUGCCUUGGGCAGUGCUCCCAACACUUGAUUCUCACUGGUUUAUACUGGAUCCUAAAUUUCACCUUCAGCUGAUGUUAUUUCACAUAAUUACUCGUUUUCUUUCUUAUCAUCCUCAGUCACCCAAAUCUGCCUUCAUAAGUGCAGCCAAGAAGGCCCGCCUGCGAACAAAUCCGCCUAAAGUGCGCUUUUCAGAGCAAGUGUCUAUCAGCGACCCAGACUCCACAAUGCUUAAGGACGACUCCUUGCUGCUCAUACCAAAUGUGUUGAAGGUGUUCCUGGAGAAUGGACAGAUUAAGUCUUUCACGUUUGAUAGCCGCACCACUGUCAGGGAUGUGAUCUCCUCCCUGCAGGACCGCCUCUCACUGCGCUACAUUGAACACUUUGCUUUGGUGCUGGAGGCAGGUGGUCUGGACCAGAAUCAGAAGUUGCAUCUGUUGCAGGAGAACCAGCCACUGACGCAUGUGGUGCACAGAACCUAUUUCCAAGGGAUGAAGUGUCUCUUCCGCGUCUGCUUCUUCCCCAAGGACCCUGCAGACCUGUUGAGAAGAGACCCUGCAGCAUUUGAGUACCUCUACAUCCAGAGUCGCAAUGAUGUCAUCAAGGAGCGCUUCAGCAUGGACUGGAAGUCUGACAUCACGUUACGCCUGGCUGCGCUCCAUAUCUACAUCACUGUGUCCUCUGCACGGCCUAAUCAGAAGAUCUCUCUCAAAUAUGUUGAGAAAGAGUGGGGACUCGAACCUUUCCUUCCACUUACCCUGCUUCCCACAGUGAAGGAGAAGAAUGUGUGUAAAACCCUGUCGCAGCUGCUGAAAACAUACCAACAUCCACCGCCGACGGGCAACAAGGUCCCACCCCUCCAAGGAAAACUGCAGUACAUGCGCGUUCUCAACGACCUUCCACCUUUUGGCGGAAUCUUGUUUCAAACUGUUGGACUGGAUGAGAAACAAUCUGCCUCGACGCUACUGGUGGGUCCUCGACAUGGAAUCAGUCAUGUGAUUGACCUGAAAAAUAACCUCACAACAGUUCUGGCUGAGUUCAGCAGGGUAUCAAAGAUCCAGCUCUACAGGGAGAGCCAAGGAGUGGCCCGUGUGGAGAUGUCAAUCCACGAGGCCAAGCCUCUGGUCCUGCUGAUGGAAUGGCCCGAUGCCAGUAACUUUGCAUGCCUCAUCUCUGGUUACUACAAGCUGUUUGUGGACCCUAAGCGGACCAUUUAUGUUCGAAGCUUUGGUCAGUCUCAACUGACCAAGCCAGAUUACAGAAGCUCCCACCACCCCCACCCACGCUCUGGGGCGACCGGAUUGCAAAGCGGAGGGAGAAGAAUGGAGGAGAGGGAAAGCUCGCACAGAGAGUCAGGGAACUCAAGAGCCCUGGUGCCGGCAGAGCCUCAGCAUCUGGGCCUGUGUCAUGUCCACCUGCGAGAACACCAACAGCUUCAGGAGCACCAUGUGCACACUGAGGCUGAACUGGACAUUAAUGAGAAUUUCAUUUCUCAGGAGCCCUCUGGGAGGCCCCGCACCAAGUCAGAUCCAACACAGGAGAGCACAGAAGAAAUCGCCGUGGUUUUAGAGAGUCCAGCAGUGAAGAACACAGGUUCUCGAGUGAGAGCCCAAACAAUGGGUCAGUCCAAGAAAGGAUCACGAUACUUCUGUGACUCCUGCAAAGCCAGGCUUAGAGCAGAGGGUUUGUCAACAAUAGCGAACAGUAGUGGGAGUUCUGGGAAGCACUGUUCCAGUGCAUGUGCCUCGAGAGAUGGAGGAGCUGUUGACCUCACAGCACUCCCACCUCCUGGGAAUGAAGAAGAGGAUGAGGAGGAGGCAAAUGGAAAAGAAGAAACAUUGCAGCCACCACCACCUGCAAUCACUGCCCCACCACCUGGCUUCAGAGAUAACAGUUCUGAUGAGGAUGAUCCUAAGAGAGGAAGGAAGGCUCUGACCAGUGCUGCCCCUGGAGUUGCCUCUGUAAAACAGCCACAACCCAAGGAAGAUGUUCCUGUGACACUGAUUGAUAACGUUACCACAAGAACAGUCCGAGACCAUGCCCAGGAGCUGGACGACGCAUUGGUGUCCACCUUACAGGCACUGGAGGCCUUGGCAGCCUCUGAGGACUACCCACACCAUCCUCAACAACCAACCCAGACUGCAGGACUGAUUGUCUUAGCUGCGAUAACACCUGAGUCAUCGUUGGAUUCAGGUCAUGAGACCAACUCCUCUGAACUGACUGAUGUUUCUGAGAUGGUGUCAGCAAUGAAGCAAAACCAAAACCAGACUUAUCUGCUUGCUCAUCAUAUAAACAAGGAGCGUAUUCUUUGUCGUCGAGACUUCCCCCUGGCUAUUCCUGGCUGCACUGCAAAGACUAUAGGAACUGGGGCCUUUUCUGUGGGUCAGAUCCGUGCUGGCUGCCCACCCAAGCAAGUAAUCCUCAGCAAGACUGUUCCCUUUAAAGUCAGCCAUCCCAGCCCAGAUUCAGCAAUACUGAGUGUUGUGACAGAGCAAGGGGACAAUCAGGGCACUGCUCAGACUGAAUCAAAAGCAGAAUUAAAAGCAAUCUCUGAGUCUGCCAAAGCAAACAACCUUGAUCCCUCUAUUAAGCCACCUGAGGAGCUUAAAGUGUCUGACGCUUCACUGUCAGUUCAAGUCAGUACUGACCAGAAUUUAUCAAACUGCUCUGGGGAAAUGCAAAGUCUAAAUCUCCCAGAUGGUGUUAAGGUGAAGACAGCAGCACCUCUUCAUGCAGACACAAUAAGCAAAGCCUUACCUAAAAUUUUGCCUGUGGACACUAUUGUCUCUGCCAAGAUCUCGCCCACUAAUAUGUGCCAAAAUGCCAAGACUGCCUCUAGUGAGACCAUGAAGCCUUCAAGCUUUACAGAGAUUCUGCCAGUUGAUGAUCUUUUCUGCACUUGUCCAGUGCAAAAGGAGCCUGAAACCCAACUAAAGCUAAAGGAUCCACAGCUUCAGAAGAUAGUGGUGUUUCAGUCGUCUUCUCCUACUGAUGAUGAGCGUCUUCGAGCCAAAGGUCUCCAGCUGGCAAACGGCAAAGAAAAUGCUGCAAGACCAGUGACUGAUCAGACUUUGGCCAAACCAAGUCCACAAAUACAAGCUAAGUUCUCCCCUCAUUUGCCUGCUAAGUCUGAAAGAAAGGAGACAUCCGAAAACAAGUCUGAGAGCACCCAGGGAAAGUCCCUCCAUGAGUCACAGAAAUGCCCAGUAAUAUCAUUACCUAUUUUAGAUGAUCUGACUACACCAAGCCCCUCAGUAGAAAAGGUUUCCACGCUGCCUGACAUAGAUUCAAAGAAGCAGGGUAAUGGUAAGGGGAAGUCCCAGCGCAGUGCUCCUUUCUUGAGCUUCAGAAACCUUCUUUCAGCAACAUUUCCAGCCCGAAUGAGAAGGGAAACUGAUGAGCGAAGGGCUCAGUUGCAAAAAGUUCGCCAGUAUGAGCUAGAGUUCUUAGAGGAGCUGCUAAAACCCAAGUCAUCCCAGGGAGAAUUUUUGCCCCAAGGAUCGUCACCAGUGCCCUCAGGCACCCCUUGUGCCUGCCAGCUUCGUACCAGUCCUGUCCUUAAGGCCCCAGGGAUCUCCAGGGAGCAGCGACGCAGUUGUGACUGUAAGAGAAUGUGUAGGGGCAUGAGACUACCUGACACACCUGUUGGCAGCACACCAGAGACAAAAACUAGAGGCAGAGAGAGAACUAUCUCCAAGACCCCACCAUUAGCCUCUAAAGUCCCUCAUGCCGAAGGAGCCACAAGAAGACCUCAGACCUUAGAGAUCAAGACCACACGAAUACGAUCUACUAGCCUUGAGUCAAGAGAGCCAAGAGGAGAGCAGAGGUCCUGCUUGCCCGCCUGUACUUCUGAGACCGACUGCAUGGGAGGUCCUCAAUACAAGAAGCUGCAGAGACGAUACAGUAUUGGCGAGUUGGAUAACAGCACUAGUACACCUGUGUACGCUGAAGUGAAGCCGAAAACCAAAAGUCUGGAGAAGGAGAUGGAGAAAGUGAGGGCAACAGGACUACGACUCCCUACCCCAGUAGAACCAGUUCACACACGGUCUCAUCAGGCAGAGGGGAAAGGAAAGAAAGGAGUGCUUUUCAUUCAGGGAGAGGAACUCCUGCGUGAGAGCAAAGAAGGGCCUGGGGAAGUGUUGCUUACCUUGCCUAGUGAAGACAGUGAUGACAAAGACAAAUGUUGCUCAUUCUGUUUCUGUUACAGGAAGUGUGAGGCUGCAGAUGAAAGCAGUGAAAAAGAUGAAGUCUCAUACUCCAUACCACUUCAGGUCCUUCCAGGCAUGGAGAUGGACUCACGUUCCUUUCCUGUUGUAAGCAAAACACUACAAGUUCUUAAUGCAGAAGACUGCAGUGGAGAGGAAGAAGAGGAGGAAGAGGAAGAACCACACACACAAGACAUUGACCUGAGAUCCUGCGGUACACUAGAGGGGAGCCUUGCACGGGUACACGCUCUACAGGGGAAAUCUUUCAGCUUGCCUGAUGGUUUCCUGAAUGCUCAGCUGGAUGCUAAUGAGUUGCUAUCAAUCCUGCGUCAGUGCGCCAACAGUCCACAGGCCGAAGGGGAAUCUCGCCUUCAGCCCUCGCGGAUUGCAGAGUACAAACAGGAUCUGGCAGUGCGCUUCAAGGAGUUCAGAGCAUCCUGUCGGAGAGUGGCGAGUGUUGAAAAAAGCCCCACACGUAUGCUUGCUGUCGUCUCAGACAGCUUUCGAGUGCUGUGUGAACUAACUCAGACCUUCAUCAAAUUGGUCCGGGGGGUUCGUUCAGAAACCCAGCGGCUUCAGCUCUUGAGGAAGGUAGAGGAAGUCGCUAUCAACUACACUUUGCUUCUGCGUGCAGCAGAGGAGUCCAUGGGGCACUCCAGCAGCUUGCCAACAAAGACUGUGUGCCCUCAAGUUUCCUCUAACGUCAACAACAUGAGCUCACUCACGCGGCCCAUCAAAACUCUGCCUGUCUAAUAGGAAUCAAUCAAGCUGAAAUAUGGGUGGCUACACUAUUGAAAAUCCUUAUUUAUUUAUUGUUUACACUUUUUAAUAAAUCUGCAAUGAAUCAUCCUCCGUAAAAAAAAUUGCAAUGCAACUGUUCCAUCCCAUGUUUACAGGCCCUGAGGUAGCCUUGUUUUGAAAAAUAAAGAUACACCAAACUAAUGCACAAUGGAAUAAGAACCCUAUAAAAGACUGGGUGAUACAGGGCUAAUCACCUCACAUCCACACUGACAAUAUCAAUGAAUUAUAGUAAAUAAUUUUAUAUGUAGUAUAUAUUUGAGUUGUGUCUACUUAGCAAAUAAUAUACCAAGUUUGGAAUCUACUGGAAAUGUAUUUAGGUAUGAGAGUUAUAAAGAAGUAUAAUAUAUUAGAAAUAAAUGUAUGCGUUGGACAAAACAUGUUCAGAGAUCUUGUCAAGUAGCGACUUUUGUAAGCGGGACAGCUUGGCGGUUUAGACAAUGGCGUGGUUAUUUGUGGAAUCUGCUAGUUGUUGUGAUGCUGUUGGCUGUGUUGGCAGUGUGUGCCCUUACAGAUACAUCAGUCAAAAAGUGUUAGUGACAUAUAAGUAAAAAGCAAUGGAAGACAUGAAUACCAUUUCCAAUUUACUAACUGACAGAAAUUUUCUCUCACAAGGCAGGUAUGAAACGUCUGUUUACGGCAAACAAUGUAGCAGAGACCCAAGUCACAGUUUUAUCCACUCAGCUGUAGUGAAGACAUACCCAUAAUAUAAUCAGUAUUACAAACUGUGUAUUUUACAUCAUCACAAAUACAUCGCAUUGGUUGCUAAUUAUUAUUUUAAAUAAACAUUCAAGUGAGUAAGCCUGUGACUAUAGGAUUUUGCAUAACCUCUGAAAUGACUUCUGGAGUUGAAAAUAUAUACUUUAAUGUCUUUCCUUGUGUUUUUGAUUCAUCUUGCUGCUGAAAACCUUACUUGAGACAACAUCAUCUCCUCAAAGCUCAUUUUGACCCAUUUUUAUUCAGGUUUCCAGAUCCUACAUACAAGUCUGCUUUCUAUGUGCUGUUAUACACAUUGUGCAAUCUUGCAAAUAUUUAAACACACAAAGUAGUUUUCUAUGUAUUUUAAUAAAACUGACACUCAAUUUCUUGUCUGAAACCUUCUUUGUGUCUCACCCUUUAGCCACUCCUUAAAAUUAACCAUGGAAGCCCUGGAGUUGUGCUCUCCUAUAAUGUGUAAUCGAUGUUAAAAGAAAGUGCUGUGAAACUAAACUAAUAGUGACAACUGUGCUGUAAAAACACCACAUAUAUAACGGUAUUUUUUAUAUGCAAGCAGUUUUUAUUAGUCCUUUUGGAAAUGUUGUAAUACUUAAGGGAUUGAUCAGAAUUUUUAAAGUAAUAUUCUGCAGAAAGGUUAUGAAAACUUAAUAUCUUAUCUAACGUAUAGUUUUGAACGACGCAUGUUUGGAGAAACAGGGAUUAACUGUGAAUUGAUUGAUGAUCUAACUGCUUGUCACAGUGGGACCAGUUCCAACUUAGAGCACCAUCUUCCCAUUACAUUUCUAAUGUCAACUAUUUCAUAGCGGUUCGUACAAAUGCUAUUUUAUAAACAUUUACACAGCUGCAAUUUUCACAUUAUUUACAUUGAAUGUUAUAGUUAUUUGAAAUAGAAUUAACAGCAGGGCUACAGCUACCGGUAGCACUUCUGGUUUAGUGUGUUGUAACACCUGGAAUAUAAUAUUUUCCUUAGAAUAAACAUGUAUUGCAAAAUUGAUUGGGUAAAGGUUUAUAAUAGGAUUGAAAUAAGCUAUUGUGAUUUUAUUUUUUGUGAGAUUAAAGUUGUUUUAAAAAACUACUUGGUACUGCUUGUACCCAAACUCGGAGUGACUAGCUGUUAGCUUGUUAACUUGAUCAGAAUGUAUCUAUAUUUCUCCAAACUUAUGUUACUCAAAAAGUUUCUACAACUAGGAAAAUACUAAUCAUGAAUAAUCUUUUCUGAGAUAUCUGUUUGAAGCUGCCUGAACAAUAUCUAGGUUGGCGUAAUUGUUUUUAAAGUAACAAACACUGUAGGAAUUCCCUUUUUUUAAUGUAUAAACUCUGUGGUAAUGUGAGAUCGUGCAAAAUUUACAAACAUUUUAUGCAAAUUGGAUUAAAAUAUCUCAACCACAAUGAUUAUUCAUCAAAUUAGCCUAAAAAUAACUUCAAUACAUCAGUUUCAGUUGCACUUUUGCUUCACUUUUCAGAAUUGUUUGUUUGAGAGCACUCUCUUUUAACAGUAUUUGGUUUUCCACUCUUAGUGUUGCAUUUUCAUACCAGUUUUGUGUGGUUUUGUUCCUCACUGUAACGCAUGUUUUCCUUUGCAACUUUCAGGGACUUAAACACUGACAUUGGCUGUGACAUUAUUGUGUAGAUUUAUUUCUUUAAAAAGGGUACACAUGGGCUAAACAGAAAGUGCAGUGUGGCUGUAUUUUAAUGGUAUACAGUGAGCAAGAGUGUAAUUUUACAUUAAAGAUGUAAAUAUGAUUAAGAGUAUAUGAGAAACUUUUAAACAUCCCUUGUAAUAAUAAGAUUUAUCCAAACCAUUAACAUUUUUGUAAAUAGGACACAUCUGUGAGGUAAUCAUUUAUAGUGUCAAUGUAACAUAGAGACUAAUAGCAAAACAUAUAUUUUGAAGAAUUAUAAUAUGAGUAUACAGCAUGGGACAUGUUUAUUUUUAUAAGCAAAAUAUCAAAUUAUUUCAGCCACAAACAACUCAGCAUUUUAAUGAACAUUUUUCUGUGGUUGUCAUUGUUUCUGUUGCUCUGAGUAACUGUGUUUCAUUCACGCAAUGACCCUUCCAUGAACCAGUCCAUUUUGUUCUGUCCAUUUACUCAUUCCUGUCUUAUUUCACUGUCAAUGAUCUUGUCAUCACUGUGGUCUUAUGUCUGUGUACAAAGUUAACUCAUGUUUUACGAGCAAUAAAGUAUAUUAUGUACAGUCUCAA